CUCCUGGAUCCCUGGUGCCGGUUGGCAGUGAGUCAGUGACAGUCAGUGAGAGUCAGUAACCGGUACCGGAGCCGCACAGGUGUGAGGGAAGCAGCGCUAUGGCAGUCAGUACGGGCAUCUCCCUGGCACUCUCCUCCCUGGUGUCUCUCCUGCUCUUCGCUGGGAUGCAGAUGUACAGCCGGCAACUGGCCUCCUCCGAGUGGCUCACUAUCCUGGGGGGGCUGCUGGGCUCCGGCAUCUUCUUCUUCUCCCUCACGGCCUUCAGUAACCUGGAGAAUGUGGUGUUUGGGAAGGGCUUCCAGGCCAAGAUCUUCCCCGAGGUUGCCGUCUGCCUGUUCAUUGCGCUCUUUGCCUCCGGACUGGUGCACAGGGUGUGCGUGACCACCUGCUUCAUCUUCUCCCUGGUGGAUCUGUACUAUGUGAACAAGAUCUCCUCCAGCCUCUACCAGAGCGUGCAGCCGGCAGUUACCCCAGGCAAGGUGGCAGGGAAGGGCAAGAAGAGGAGCUGAUCUGUAUGUGCCCCCCCUGGUGCCCAAGGGCAAAGGGACCCCAUGUACAUUCCAUUCUGCCAAAAUAAACCCAUUCUUUGUA